UCAAAAUCUGUUGAUGUCUAAUAACUUAGGUAAUAAUUUGUACUUCUGAUGUGUUUGUUGUGAAUGAGGAUUUACAGAACAUGAUUGAACACUACAUGGUGCAUUCCUGUUAGAUGUUCAAGUUCACCUUUUCUUUCUAUGUGAUGUCAUUUCCUGCUGUUUAAAUACACUGCAGUGACACCCUUCAGAAUAUUGAGAGUGAUUUGAGAAUGUGUGUGGGCAGAAGACAUCGUUUAGUUCUGGAUAACCACAACGGUUUGGACCAAACCACCAAAUGAAACUCCAGACAAGCACACGCCCAGAGUGACAAACAUCAGAGUUUAAUUUAGACCCAGUUGAAAUGUGAAUAAACACACACUGACAGUUGUUUGCAUUAAUGUUACUCUUCAUUUGUGAACGUGUUCAUAUUUGCUCUGAUUAAGAAUUUCAGCUUUAGCUCUAAAUAACAGAAUCAAGCGAGUAGAGAAGAGGACAUGAUGAGUUUACUGAUGAUGAUGAUGAUGAUCUUUACAUCCAUGUGUGAUACUCUGGACACAGCCGCACUUCAAGAGGCCACAGUUUAUCUACAGCGAUACGGUUAUUUAUCCUCUGCCAGCGCUGAUCCGCAAGAACUACAAACAAAACAAAUGAAUAAGGCGCUUCGAAUCUUCCAGAAGGUCACUGCGUUACCUGUAACUGGCCGGCUGGACAACCGCACACUGAACAUGAUGAACACCCCCCGCUGCGGGCUGAUGGACCCCUUCAACAGGAUCCUGAAAUAUCGUAUACUGGGUCACUGGCGUAAGAAGAGGUUGACCUACCGCAUCUACAACUAUUCACCUCAUCUGGGUUUCACUAAAACACGAGCGGCGAUUCAAGCCGCCUUCAGAUACUGGAGCGAUGUCACGCCUCUUCAAUUACACGAGGUCAGCAGAGGUCACGCGGACAUUCAGAUCUCCUUCCACAGGAAAGACGAGGGUUGUGCGGUUCCUUUCGAUGGACCAGGGCAGGUUUUGGGUCACGCUGAAGCUCCCGAGUCCGGCACUGUUCACUUUGAUGCAGAUGAGGUGUGGACCGAGGGGCGGAGCUCCGGAUCAAACCUACGCAUUGUCGCUGCCCAUGAGAUUGGCCACGCCCUCGGAUUAGGCCACUCCCAGUACCACAGCGCUGUCAUGGGCCCUGUAUACAGAGGAUAUCGAGACAGUUUCAAACUGCAUCCGGAUGACAUUCGCGGUAUUCAAGCUCUGUACGGAAAACCUGUGGAGAGACCGGCCACUGACCUAAGACCCUUAGAUGGCCACCCUUCUGUCCUGGACCCCUGCACCGCGGUACCGGACGCUGUCAUGUGGGGGCCUCUUCAGAAGACAUUUGUAUUCAACGGUCAUCACGUGUGGACACUCUCAGAUUCCGGUUAUAACGCUCCCGUUCGGAUUAAUGCACUGUGGAAAGAGCUGCCCGGCAACAUUAGUGCAGCUGUACACUCACAACGAACCAACAAAUCCUAUUUUCUGAAAGGGGAUAAAGUCUGGAGAUAUUCUGGCUUUAAGCUGGACCGUGGUUACCCAAAACAACUCAUCAUUCCGCCCAACAUACAUGCUGCUUUCUACCUCCACAGCUUCAAAAGUCUCGUCUUCAUAAAGGGAUCAGAGUUUUGGCUUUGGGAUGAACUUGGAUCAGGUAAAGAUCUCCUGCGUUACCCAAAACCAGUCUCGCAGCUGAUCACCGGUUUACCCUCAGAUCCAGACGCAGCCUUCACUUGGACAAAUGGACACGUCUAUGUGUUCAAAGGAGAGCAGUACUGGCGCGUGAGUCGUGGGAUGUUUGUUGAGAAGGGUUACCCACGCCGCACCAGAGAGAGAUGGAUGCAGUGUGACGAUUAAACAUGCAGGGGUCAGCACACAAUAAAUAAUGAGACUUUCUAAUUAUAUUCUCAAUAUACUUUAUAUUCAGUUUAACACAGUGCUUUUCAACUAGGUGUCCACAAGGGAGCAGCAAGAGGACUUCAUUUUGUGUGUUUUUUUAAGUCAUUUAAUGAGGAUUGUUUAUUAAAAUGUAUUUAAAUUAAAUGGACACAUUUGUUAUUAGUCUCCUCAGAAACUGUCCUUGAAAUAUGUUUAAUGUACUGACACUCACACUAGUUGAGUUUGGCGAGGGGCCUUUGAAUACUGUCUUGGUCAAUGACGGCCCUUGGAGUCAUAAAUGUUGAGGUCCACAGGACUAACACAUCGUAAAUGAUAACGAGCACCAUCAUUGUUGACACAUGUCAUAUAAUUAAGAUGUCUUCAGUUUAUUAGUAAUCUCUCUCUUAUUCUCUCACUCAUUUGUAUCCAGAUAAGCUAUAAACAUGUAUCCAUCAGUGGUUUGUGGUGCACUCUCAUUAACUGUGUGCUAAUAAAUUGUUUUGAAACCAAAGACAUUAUUUGCUUUUAAACACAAAAAUGGCUGAUUAGUAAAUGUAUAAUUUUGGGGAAAUUCUGUCAUCUUUUACUCAUCAUGUUGUUCCAGACCUGUUUGACUUUCAUCUGUGGAACACAAAAGCAGCAAUAUUGCCAAAUGUGCAUAAUUCAAUAUUUAUUUUUCAUACAAUGAAAAUAAAUGGGUGUGUU